AUGGCCUCCGCGACCAUGGUCCCUGUUCCUGUUCGCCUGGACGCUUGCGGCCUGCUCCUCCUUGGCUUGGCCAGCGGGCAGCGGGCAGCGGCCCCUGGCCGCCUGGCAGCCGAGCGGGGCCGGGGCGGCCACCGCUGGGGUGCUGGGGCUGGGCAGCGGCGGGCAGGCGGCGUCCGGCCGAGGGACGAUGGCGGUGUCACGGAAAGCAGAGGGAAGGGGCGAGCCGCUGUUCUCAGUGACAAACUUAAUCCGCUUUCCUAUGGCACAGUAACUGAUAUCCAAUGUCUGAAGAAGCUGAAGGCAUCAGUUGAUCUGGACAAUAAGUUAGAAUGGACAUUCAAUAACAACACAGAGGGAUCCAUAUGUGGAUUUAAUGGUGUGGAGUGCUGGCAUCCUAAUGAGAACAGGGUUCUUUCGCUUCAUCUUGGUAGCUUUGGUCUUAAGGGCCAAUUCCCUGAUGGGCUUGAGAAUUGUAGCAGCCUGACUUCGCUGGAUCUCUCAAGCAACAGCCUUUCUGGCCCGAUCCCAGCUGACAUCUCGAAGCGACUUCCAUUCAUUACAAACCUUGAUCUGUCAUAUAAUAACUUCUCAGGAGAGAUACCAGAAGCACUAGCUAAUUGUUCUUAUCUCAACGCCAUCAGUUUACAACAUAACAAAUUGACUGGAACAAUCCCAGGUCAGCUUGCUGCACUCAGUCGCCUAGACCAGUUUAAUGUUGCUGACAAUCAAUUGUCAGGGCAGAUUCCUUCAUCUUUGAGCAAAUUUCCAGCCUCCAAUUUUGCAAAUCAAGACCUUUGUGGUAGGCCUCUAAGCAAUGACUGCACUGCCACUUCAAGCAGCCGAACAGGGGUAAUUGUUGGUUCUGCUGUCGGUGGUGCAGUUAUAACUUUAAUAAUGGUUGCUGUUAUUUUAUUCAUUGUCUUGCGAAAAAUGCCUGCAAAGAAGUUAAAAGAUGUAGAAGAAAAUAAGUGGGCAAAGACUAUUAAGGGAUCAAAAGGAGUAAAGGUAUCAAUGUUUGAGAAAUCAGUUUCAAAGAUGAAGUUGAAUGAUCUUAUGAAAGCAACAGAUGAUUUUACAAAGGACAAUAUUAUUGGAACUGGUCGAUCAGGAACUAUGUACAGAGCAACACUUCCAGAUGGUUCAUUCCUUGCUAUCAAGAGGUUGCAGGACACUCAACAUUCGGAGGACCAAUUUACUUCUGAGAUGUCAACACUGGGAAGUGUACGGCAACGUAACUUAGUGCCACUUUUGGGAUACUGCAUUGCCAAGAAUGAGAGGCUCUUGGUGUAUAAGUACAUGCCAAAGGGUUCACUUUAUGAUAAUUUACACCAACAAAACAGUGACAAAAAGGCAUUGGAAUGGUCAUUGAGGCUAAAAAUUGCCAUUGGGAGUGCUAGAGGAUUGGCGUGGCUUCAUCACAGUUGCAACCCUCGCAUUCUUCAUAGGAACAUUAGUUCCAAGUGCAUAUUGCUUGAUGAUGACUAUGAGCCUAAGAUCUCCGAUUUUGGUCUGGCAAGGCUCAUGAAUCCCAUUGACACCCACCUGAGCACAUUUGUGAACGGUGAAUUUGGUGACUUAGGGUAUGUAGCUCCGGAGUAUACACACACUCUUGUGGCCACUCCAAAAGGGGAUGUCUAUAGCUUUGGGGUUGUCUUACUUGAACUUGUUACUCGUGAAGAGCCCACACAUGUGUCAAAUGCGCCAGAGAACUUCAAAGGGAGUUUGGUGGAUUGGAUAACUUACCUGUCAAACAACUCUAUUCUUCAGGAUGCAGUUGACAAGUCUUUGAUUGGGAAGGGCAACGAUGCUGAGCUGCUUCAAUGCAUGAAGAUUGCCUGCUUUUGUGUGCUUUCUUCUCCAAAGGAAAGGCCUACAAUGUUCGAGGUUUACCAGCUUCUGAGAGCUGUUGGGGAGAAAUAUCAUUUCAGUGCAGCUGAUGAUGAAUUGACGAUGCAACCUCAAAAUGCCAAUCCUGAAGAUGAGCUUAUUGUAGCAAACUAG